GAAUUUCGUAUGAAAUUAAUGAAGCGUUUUAUCAAGUUGAAAGCAAUCACCAAUUAUUUGAUUUUGUAGCUCAUAUAUUUGAGAAGAUCACGGUGUUUGCGUUACUAUUCUCGGGAGCAUCGAUUGCAUUCCAUGGUGGAAAAUCGUCCAACGUGUUGGCUGACGCCGAAGAGGUGAAACCCACAAUUUUUACAUGUACACCAAAAUUCAUGACCCGAUUUACCACGGACAUUCAGUCAGCUUAUGGAAAACAGUUGUUGUUUGGACGAGGAUAUUGCUCUAAACUGCAAUCAUUAAAGAAGGGGCAAUUGAUUAAGAAUUCCUUGUGGGAUAUGUUGGUGUUUAAUCGUGUGAAAGCCAAACUUG